CUGUGCUUUGUAAAUAGGUUACCUGGUAUGGUAAACUAUUUCAUUCAAGUUAAAUUGAAGGCCAGUAAGUAUUCCUCGAGAAUUGAAGUCCAUUGACCCAAUGAUGUGAUGCAAUGCAAAUGAUCCCCUGCGCCCCUUCCCAAAGGGGAAAAAGAGUCACGUGGAUCCUUUGUAUACGACGCGACAACUGCAGGCAGCCUCACCUGCUUUCUCCCUUCCACGUAGCCAGGUCGAGUCUGCUAUUCACGCAGACUUCCAGCCUUCUUAUUCUUACCGCCGAUUGAACAGAGUAGAUAUCCAAACUGUGCUGGACUCGUUUUCACCCCCGCCUCCCUUUAUAACGUUUAUAACUAGAGCAACCUAGCAACUAUGCUGUCCCGGGGCAUAAUCGGGGCCCGAACGCGUCUAGGCCGCGUUCCCAGGUCAAUCGUGCGGACGUAUGCCACAAAUAUCUGGACACGAAGGGGCCAGCCCUCGAAGUUUAUGAGAAACGUGGCCAUAGCCGGGUGCGUCGGCAUACCGAGCAUCUGGUGGAUGACAACAAGGGACCGCAAAAAUGAUGAGGAUGUGCUACCCCCUGAUAAUGUGCCCCGUCUCGACAGUCCGCCGACGGAGCGUCUGGUCUUCGAGCCGGGUCCUGGUAGAGGCGAAGUGACGCGCAUGCUUUCGGAAAAUGCAUGCUCUUUCGGAGUCCAGGAUGUGCCUGGCGUCGUGCGGUACGAUCUCACGCAAGUGGCGUCUAAUAGCCAGUGCGAGGACCGAUUCGUGCAUGGCAAGAUUCCGUCGCCGUGGGGUGACGGGAAUCAGUGGAUGGCGUGGGGUGUUUUCGACGGACAUGCGGGCUGGCAGACGGCGGAGUUGCUGAAGAAUCAGCUUGUGCCGUUCGUGCGACACAGCUUGGGCCAGGUGGAGUUGUGCGAGAAGGAAAAGCCCGCCCCCGUGGAGGUGGUUCAAUCCGCUAUUGUGGAUGGGUUCGUGAAUUUUGACAAUUGUCUUGUCAGGUCGGCUCUGGGGAUAUUUGAGAGCGAUAGUUCGCUGCAGGAUAAGAUGAAGAGACUGGCUCCUGCGUGGGCGGGUUCAUGCGCCCUGCUAUCCCUGUACGAUCCGGCCACAAGCAUCUUGCAUGUGGCGUGUACUGGCGAUUCAAGAGCCAUCUUCGGGCACAAGGGCCCAGACGGCAAUUUGGAAGUAAUACCCUUGUCAAUAGACCAGACUGGCCACAACGAAGAUGAGGUGGCUAGGCUCUCCCGUGAGCACCCUGGCGAAGAAAACAUAGUCAAAGAUGGAAGGGUGCUAGGGCUAGCAGUCUCCCGAGCCUUCGGCGAUAGUCAGUGGAAAUGGCCUCCGAAAUUCCUGAAGGAUGUGUCCCGCGCGUUUUAUGGCCUACCACCCCUGACGCCACGUUAUGAGGUUCUAACGCCGCCAUAUUUGACAGCGGAGCCAGUGGUGACAAGUAUCAAGAUCGACCCGACCAACGCUUCGUUCGUAAUCAUGGCCACGGAUGGCCUGUGGGACAUGAUGACCAACCAGCAAUGUGUCGAUUUGGUAGCCAAAUGGUUAGAAGAGCAGUAUACUGACCCCGAGCCAACGUACGAUUCCUUCAACUUUAGUCGCUUUUGGACUGACACCCCGUGGAAAUACGAUGAGUCGAGAACAACAGUUGAGGACGAUAAUGUUGCCGUCCAUCUGGUGCGCAAUGCCUGGGGCGGAAACCAUCAUGAAUUGCUGGCCGGCCGUCUGGCCUCAAGUCCGCCAUUCUCCCGGCGUGUGCGAGAUGAUGUGACUGUACAGGAUGGCCAGGAAGAUAAGGGGGACCUUUCUCGUGAAUGA